AUAAACGUCAUAUGAGAAACAGUUUUAUAUACGCUGAAUUGUAUUGAUAAUUUUCCUUUUAUAAAAAUAUCAACAUAGCUGAAAAAAAUAACAUGCUUACGGAUCGUUGAAAACAUUUUUUGGAAGCGGUUUGGUGGAACAAAGGCUGCCAUGGAAGCUGUCCUUAACAGUUGUCGACUGUGCUUGAUUGCCAACGUAAACAAUCCCGCUGAUAGCAAUAAUACCUCCUUCUCCAUUGUAAACAGCAUUGAAACGACUCCUCUUAGAGAACAACUCAGUCGGGUUUUCAAUUUUACGUUUGAUCGAAUGACCCAACUUCCGAAACAUGUGUGCGAGCAGUGUUGUACAAUUGUCUGCGAUUUUCAUCGGUUUUCUGAAAUGGUGCAGAAAAAUCAGAUAUACUUGCGCUCGUUGAUGAACACCUUCACUGAAGUAAAAGCCGAUCCUGCAGAAGAAACUGAUCCUGAUAACAAAGAAGAUUUGAUACCGCCGGAUAUGGUCAAAAUCGAACCGGAUCUGCAUGCGGAAAUUAUGGUUACUGAAGAAACUGAGUGGAAGAGAAGUGGCGAAAAUGUAGAUAAUGACGACGAUGAUAAUUGUGAAACUAAUGUCGGUAGCGACGAUGACAGUGAUGGAGACGAGGACUGGAAACCUGCAGAAGAGGAAGAAGAAGGUGUUAAUAAAGGCAACAGAAUAUUAAAAGUUAAAAGGAAAUAUAUAAGGAAGACACCAAUCAAAUCAAAAAAAGUGAAAAAAGAGUCCGGUCAUGAUCCUUCGAAAGAGUACAGAAGUAAACCGAAAAAUGAAAUCGAAGAAGAAGAUCGUCAGAUUUUGGAAUACUUCAAAUUUGCAUGUGAACUCUGCCAUGAAACAACACUGACAUUUAUCGAACUAAGAAGGCACUUUCGUGAAAAACACAAUCAGAAAGGCUAUCAUAGGUGCUGCAACAAAAAGUUGUUCAAAAGAUGCCACCUAUUAGAACACAUUCAGGUUCAUCUGAAUCCAAACUUGUACGGAUGCGAUCUGUGUCCCAAGAGUUUUAGAUCCAAGGAAUAUCUCCAGCUGCACAAAAUGCAAUCACAUGCUUCAGAGGUGGAUCGACCAUACAAAUGUGAUAAAUGUCCCAAAAGUUUUAUACAAAAGGGACAACUCUCUUCGCAUAUGGGCCGUCAUCAGAUGUAUCCGUGUACGCUGUGUGACAAAGUACUAGCCGGAAAGGGUUCGCUAACGGCUCAUAUGGUUAAUAUGCAUAGUGACAUGGGGCGCAUGAUAUGCGACACGUGUGGCCGAGAAUUUAAGACGAAACCUUGCUUCGACAAACAUGUGCGUAAACACAUGGGAAUGCUGGAAGAUACUAGUAUCGAAUGUCACGUGUGUGGCGUUGUGUUGCACAAUAAAGCCACCAUGAAAAAACACAUGAUUGCGAAACAUACCCAGACUGAUGAAGUAUUUAUUUGCAACGAGUGCGGGAAGCAGGCACCGAACAAAUUUGCUUUAGAAUCACACAAACGCAAGGUACAUUGCGAAGAAAAAUAUCAGUGCGAGUUUUGUGAAAAACGUUUUAAAAAUCCGAUUACGCUAAAAGAGCAUCGGGCAACGCACACCGGGGAGAUCCUGUAUCAAUGUCCAUUUUGUGCUAGCACAUUUAACUCGAAAGCAAACAUGUACGCUCACAAAAAGAAAGCUCACCCGUAUGAAUGGGCACAAGAACGAAUUAGCAAAGGGCAGGGUCAACGUCAGGCGCAGCUGCAAACAUAAUCUAAAACGGCGAGAAGAGUAACGAUGCUAUUUUGUAGAACAUAGGUUCAAUUCAUCGAAAAGUUAUUGCCUGAGAGUUUGAAAGAUAUAGUGAAUGGGAACCCCCAGGAUGAUAAUGGUGAGUUCAACUGUUUUUUUAUUCCUCAUUAUCCUUAUUCUCGUUUAGUGCAUUCAACGUUCAUACAAAAAGACCGAUUCGAACUAGAAGAGAUAUUUCCAAUUCAGUUAGGUUGAAUUUAUCGACAUUUGAACCAAGUACGAACCAAAAAUUUCUGAUUCUUUUAACCUAGCAAGUAUUGUUUAAAGAAUGAUACAUUCCUUUAUUUAUUUAUUAGUACAUGCUAUCGAAUGUGUCACAUAUCUGACUUUCAGCAAAUCAUCUGUUCGAGUCUUGUUAGGAUCCUUCCUCAGCAGCUUUUCUCUUCG